UUUUUUUUUUCCCUCAAGGUUGAUCUAUCUGCUUGGCUCUUUCAGAUUUCAACUCCCAUCUGUGGCACCUCUGUUCAUCACCACCUUCAUAUGGUUGAAGGAAACAACAGAUUCUGAAUUUUCUUGUUUCAUUAGAGGAUAUAAGAUUUUCAUAUCGGAAGAAUAUAAUCACAAUGACAAUUGAAAAUGCUGAGCUCACCACCGAGCAGGUUUUGAGGAGGGAUAUUCCAUGGGACACUUACAUGACCACGAAACUGAUCAGAGGAACAGAUCUUCAGCUGUUGAGGCGUUAUGAUAAAAUGGCUGAAAGCUACAAAUCUCAGUUGCUGGAUAAUGACGGUCCAGCUUAUAUCCAUGUUUUUGUUACUACUUUACGAGAUGUCUUCAAGGAAGAAACUGUGGAAUAUGUUUUAGCUUUAAUUGAUGAAAUGCUUACAGCAAACCCAAGAAGAGCGAGAUUAUUCCAUGACAGCUCUUUAUCCAAUGAAGACACUUAUGAACCUUUCCUCAGAUUUCUUUGGAAAGGUAAUUGGUUCAUACAAGAGAAGAGCUGUAAGAUUCUCUCUUUGAUAGCGAGUGCCAGGCCAAAUGUUCAGAAUGUUGUUGAUGCAAAUGGAGAUGCCUCGAGUUCAAAGAGGACACUCACCACUAUGGAAAAUGUUCUGAAUGGCCUAGUGGAUUGGCUAUGCGCACAGCUGAGAAAGCCUUCUCAUCCUAGUUGUAGCAUUCCCUCUGCAAUCAAUUGUCUUGCAACUCUGUUGAAGGAGCCUGUUGUUCGACGUUCAUUUGUUCAAGCUGAUGGAGUGAAGCUGCUCGUUCCUUUAAUUUCACCAGCAUCUACUCAGCAGUCCAUUCAGCUUCUCUACGAGACAUGUCUAUGCAUUUGGCUUUUGUCUUACUACGAACCUGCAAUUGAGUACUUGGCUACUUCUAGGGCCCUACCUCGAUUGAUUGAAGUUGUUAAAGGUUCGACAAAGGAGAAGGUAGUCAGAGUUGUCAUCUUGACUCUUAGGAAUUUGCUUGCCAGAGGGUCAUUUGGUGCUCAAAUGGUAGACCUGGAUGUGCUGCAAAUUGUACAGAGCUUGAAAGCGCAGGCUUGGAGUGAUGAGGACCUUUUGGACGCUCUGAAUCAACUUGAAGGAGGAUUGAAGGCCAACAUCAAAAAAUUGAGUUCGUAUGAUAAGUACAAGCAGGAAGUCCUACUUGGCAGUCUUGAUUGGUCCCCCAUGCAUAAAGAUCCUCUAUUCUGGAAGGAAAAUAUAACUUGUUUCGAGGAGAACGGUUUUCAGAUCUUGAGAGUGCUCAUGACGAUUUUGGAUACAUCAAAUGAUGCAAGGACACUUGCUGUAGCUUGCUAUGACUUGUCACAGUUCAUUCAGUGCCAUCCUGCCGGGCGAGUCAUAGUGGCUGACCUCAAAGCUAAGGAACGGGUAAUGAAACUAUUGAACCACGGAACUGCAGAGGUCACGAAAAACGCCCUGCUUUGCAUCCAGAGGCUUUUCUUAGGCGCCAAAUACGCCAGCUUUUUGCAGGCUUAAAUUAUCUUCAAUGGCUCCAUUCUUUUAGACAAACUAUACAUAUUUUGUUAUUUCAAAUGACACAAGUUUGACAGUGGUCAUGUUCUAUUUAUUCAUUUUUUUCUUAUUAUUGUUUGAUGAGAUCGGACAAACAUGGACAGUGAGGACUCGUAUAGCCGACCUCAGCUUGUUUGACGAGAUCCUCACCCAGACAAAUGCAUGUAUCAUGAGUUAAUUUUAUUUCUAUACAAUAAAUGGAGUUUUU